AUGGGGGUGUUGAUGUCCAAGCGGCAGACAGUGGAGCAGGUUCAGAAGGUGAGCUUGGCUGUGUCUGCCUUCAAGGAUGGGCUGCGGGACAGGCCUUCCAUCCGACGCACAGGUGAACUACCAGGGUCCCACCAUGGCACCGGGGAUGGCUCUGUCCAGGAGGUACAGGAGGAGAAAGAAGCAGAGGUAGACAUGCCAGUGAUCCAGGAAGAGAGCAGUGUCAACCGUGCAGCCUGGGAGCGGCUUCGAGAUGGGCGUGGAGUAGAGCCUGAGGAGUUUGACAGGACCAAUCGAUUCACACCCCCUGCCUUCAUCCGCCCCACCCGGAAGCUGGAUGAUGACAAGCCUCCAGAUGUCUUCUUGGAGCCCAGAGAGCAAGUUGUCAACGAUGAGAUGUGUGAUAUCUGUGAAGUCUGGACAGCUGAGAGCCUCUUCCCAUGCAGAGUCUGCACCAGAGUUUUCCAUGAUGGCUGUCUGCGCCGCAUGGGCUAUAUCCAAGGAGACAGUGCAGCGGAGAUGACAGAGAUGGCCCACACAGAAACAGGCUGGAGCUGCCACUACUGUGACAACCUCAACUUGCUGCUUACAGAGGAGGAAAUGUACAGCCUCACAGAGACCUUUCAGCAGUGUAAAGUCAUCCCUGAUUGCUCCCUGACGCUGGAGGACUUCCUACGCUACCGCCACCAAGCAGCAAAGCGGGGGGACAGUGGCAGGGCCCUGAGUGACCAGCAAGAGGAGCAGGCAGCCCGCCAGUUUGCAGCCAUGGAUCCUGAACAUCGAGGCCACAUAGAGUGGCCUGACUUCUUAUCCCAUGAGUCCCUCCUACUUCUACAGCAAUUGCGUCCCCAGAACUCUUUAUUGAGGCUUCUAACAGUCAAAGAGCGGGAACGAGCCCGAGCUACCUUCCUGGCACGGGGCAGUGAGAAUACCAUCAGUGAAGCAGAGUGCCACCGUGCCCAGCACUCGUGGUUCUGCAAACGCCUCACAGAAGCUCCUUCCUGCACCGUCAGCAGCAUCAGCCAUGUGGGUCCUAUAGCAGACAGCAGCCCAGCCAGCAGCAGCAGCAAGAGUCAGGAUAAGGCCCAGCUGCCUGCAGAGCAGGAGUCCAGAUCUGUGGACUGGACCACCUUCCUACAAGAGAAUGUCAUCUACAUCUUGGCUGCUCGCCCCAACAGUGCAGCCAUUCACCUGAAACCCCCAGGAUAG